AUGGUACAAUUGAAUGAUGCCCGUGCGGCCACCGCCUCCCCUGCGUCACGCAUUUCUGUGAAUGCUGAGACACGUGUGUCUUCCGUCCAAGCCAGACGUCCCGACGACGCGGCUCUUGAAGAGCUUUUUGCUCGCUUAGGGAUCAGCACUGAACACGCACGCUGA